AUGGGCGACGUGAACGCAGUGAGCACAAGCCAACCGUCCACUUUGUCGGGACACGCUCUUGUCGCUUUGGAUAACAUUGAUACGAGCAAUACGGCUGGUUUUGUUAAAUCUGUAAUCGGUGGAACAUCUCUUGUCACACUUCUUCUCGGUAUUCGGAGUGCGUGGAAGCACGCACGACAACCGGAAGCAGCCGAUCUUGCCGCCACACAGCUUCUCUCGGGAGCCGCAUUCGCUGGAAAAGCUCUCGGCGUCGCGACGAUCAUCACAGUAUCUGGAUUCACUUGCAUCAUUGUCGGUGUCUCUGCACUCCUCCACGUCAACACUCCUCGCCAGUUUGGCGCGGCGAUGAAACAGACGUUCGGCGAUUCGCUACGAUUGCCGCAAAGUGCGAAUUCGCAGACUUUUGAGGAGUUUAUUAAGAGUAUUGAGACGAAAACGGGCGUUACGGAGGGACAAGAGGAAUUGGGCAGUCAGCAGAUUGCCACACAAUAA